CAUCUAUUGGAGAAUGACUGCGGUAACCCUGCUGGCAAUUUAACGAAAGACUGAAACCCAUUGACAGAUGCUAGCAAAAGACUGUUUACAGAAAAAAAGUGGCGCUUUGCUACAAAUUUGGUGAAAAACAUUAAAUUUUGUUUAAAAUCGUUGUAAAAAAUCGGCAAAAUUGCGUCGGAAGGGUCAGAGCAACAACACAAGAUGGAUAGGCGAAAGAAGCGCACAUCCACCAAUCAAUAUAUGAUGUACUUGGAUAUGAUGGAAAAGGACUCUAUUUUUGCAACAGGACGCAUUCCACGCGAUGUUGAGAGCAAUUAUUUGCAUAAAAAGUGGAAGGAACUUUCCGAUAAGUUAAAUACAUGCAACAGUGGACCAACGCUAACAGCAGAAGAGUGGCGGAAGCGCUUAAACGAUUGGAAGAACACAACGCGCUGUAAAUAUAGGCGAAGUAUUUCCGGCGAAAAAGAUAUAUCAUUAACAUCUCUAGAAUUAAAAGCGCUCGAUCUUUUUGGCAAAGUGCCAAACACUUCAUCGGAACCAGUGAGUAUAACCCUAAAGUGUGAGAAGGAAGAUCCAGACGAAGAAAUAGAGCAUCAGCGUACAUCUGAAUCCCUGCAAAAAGAGUUGCAGGCAGCUGUUGAAGAAGCUAUAUGUGGCGAUGACGACGACGAUGUCAUGCAGGAUGAAAGCGAAGAGCAGGAAGAUAUCGUAGAACAUACAAUAUCGAACAAUGUUCAAACAACUGUAGGGAAUGCGAGUACAACAGGAAAUGUGGAGACUACAACCUAUCGUACUAUUGUGGUGGAGAACGCGCAGUUUACUGAUGAAGACCAGAAUCAAGAUCAUUUGGAGUUUAUCACACAGCGACGUCACACUUUGGGCACGUCAUCCACAUCAAGCAAUGCCGUAGCAACCGCCGUGCAGACGACGGUAACAGCGGCGACUCCAAUCCAAACCAAUGUCACAAAACUCAUCAAUGGUGAAAUGCCGUUGAAACGGUUGCGCACGCAGCCUCCCACCGAACAAGUAGUCUACGAAGUUAAAAAGGCGCCAAUAGUGCAACAUCCACAACCACGAACCAUAACCAUACGUAAUACUGCAGUGCCGCAAGCAGAAUGUAACAACAGCAGUAGCAGCAGCCAAAUAAUGGCCCUGAGUAGUCUCACAUCACCCGAUGUGCGGGAAAUAGCACGACAACUCAAACGCAUUGCGGAUGUUAAAGCUGAGAAGCUGAGAUUCGAAAUAGCACGCUUCAAAUUCAACAAUCCCGGUUUUGUUUAUCAUUCACCCACAUUAUAGUAUACUUACAUUAAAGUAUACUUACUAUAAUUACACUUUGCAACGGGAAUACGAAAAAUUAUUCACGAAAUUUUGUUAUAAAAAAUUUUUCUACUUAGUUGUAAUCGGCCCAAAUAUUAUACUAUGUCUUACAAAACGAAUAGCAGUAGUAGACCUAACGCUUAACACAGACCUAAAUUAAUUGAUUAUUCCAAUCGUUUCUCUUUUUUUGUAUUUAUCAUUUAUUAUUAUAAGGUAUUUUAAGUCUCACAAAUAAGUUACAUAAUUAUCCUUUUACUAUUUGCAAGCCUGGCUAUUGACGAGAAAUCAGUAAUGUUGUAGAACCCUACCAUAUGAGCGUCACUCUCAAAUGCCAUAGUCUUCUUUAAAGUACACAGGCAUUUUGUUUGGACACCUUUGCUACUUAUUUGAUACA